AUGGAUGACGGUCUGUGCUAUGAGUUGGACAUGCGUAUCUACCAAGGAGAGCCCGAUGGAACGAAUAAGUCGCAUGCCGGUAGUACUACGCCACUGAACGUGGCUGCCGAAAUGGCGCACUCGGUCACGAAACUCUAA